AUGUCUGCUGCACAAACAGACCAUGUUCCUAACUUCCACUUAGGAAACAGCUGGACAGAUCAUCGGUCACAGGAAUAUAGCCGUGCCGACACGGAGUCUAAAGCAGAAAAUAUUCUUUUGGAUUCAAUGGGACAUGUUGUCUUAACAGAUUUUGGGCUUUGCAAAGAAGGAAUUGCUAUUUCCGAUACCACCACAACCUUUUGUGGGACACCAGAGUACCUUGCACCUGAAGUGAUUAGAAAACAGCCCUAUGACAACACCGUGGAUUGGUGGUGCCUGGGAGCUGUUCUCUAUGAAAUGCUGUACGGACUGCCUCCGUUUUACUGCCGGGAUGUUUCUGAAAUGUAUGAUAAUAUUCUUCAUAAGCCCCUGAACUUGAGGCCAGGCGUGAGCCUCACAGCGUGGUCCAUUCUGGAAGAACUCCGAGAAAAAAACAGGCAGAAUCGACUUGGUGCCAAAGAAGACUUUCUUGAAAUCCAGAAUCAUCCCUUUUUUGAAUCACUCAGCUGGACUGACCUUGCACAAAAAAAGAUCCCACCACCAUUUAAUCCUAAUGUGGCCGGACCAGGUGAUAUCAGGAACUUCGACACAGUCUUCACGGAAGAAGCGGUUCCCUAUUCUGUGUGCGUGUCUUCUGACUAUUCCAUAGUGAAUGCCAGUGUUCUGGAGGCAGACGAUGCAUUUGUUGGUUUUUCUUACGCUCCUCUUUCAGAAGACUUAAUUUUGUGAACAGUUUGACCUUCAAAAACCAUUGGACAAAUAAAUUCAAGCCUGUGGAGGAGACAGAAACGUCAAUUUGUGUGAAUAUAUUCAACUAUGUAUAACAGUGCCUCAUUUUUACAUGUAAUGUUAAAAACUAUGAAAUAUGUAUUUUCUGCUGUAAGCCUGAAAUAGGGCAUUUCAAAGAGCUGAGUUUUGAACUGAAAUUUGUAUUCUUGUUUACUAAGCUUAUUUUUAAACAAAAAUUUAAAGCUAUUAUUCUUAGCAUUAACCUAUUUUUAAAGAUAACUCUUUGCUAUUGACUGUUUUUUCCCUGUUAAGUUUACACUAACACAUCCAAGAGAGACUGUUUUUAAUAGUCUGUUACAGUUAAGUAAGAUGUAGUAAG